AUGACCUCCCUCCCCGAGGGUUGGGAGUCGGACUACGAUGGCUCGAGGUGGUUCUUCCGCUACAAGCCAACGGGCGCCGUGCAGUUCAUGUUCCCCAAGCCAGGCGACGAGUUUCCCGAGUACUUUGAUAACUUCGGCCCCGUCGCGCAGAGCUAUAUCCCCACGCCCGAAGAAAGCCUCGAGAGCGACCGCCAGCGGCGCAUGUCAGGCUUACCCCCAAGACGGACGGCCAGCACUGCAUCCCGAACUGGUGCUGCCAGCAAAGAGCCCACCUCCGCAACACUUGGCCGCAGCGACUUUCUCAACUCAUCGUCGUUUGAUAUGUUUGGUGGCUUUCUAGGCCCAGCUUCUUAUACCGACGUGUCUCCCCUCUACGAAGACGAAGAAGACCCGGACCUCAAAGCUGUUGACGACCCCACACAACGAGGCAUCGCCGAGGUCGACAGCACACCUGCCAGCACACUCACCACCCCGAACCUAGUCAACAGUAUUGCCACAGAAAGUGCAGACACAACAGCUGCUGCUGCUGCUGCUGCCACCACAACCCUGCCACCCAACACCGAGCCGGUCAUUAUCCACGAGCUCCCGGACGCUCUGGCGCUUGGCGGUCGGCACUACGCCUCCGAUCCCGUCGGCAACAUCUCGGAGCUGGCCACGGAACAAACACCUCUCGCUGAAGAAGAAUCCAACCCACCGCCCGUCGAACUUGACAGUGGGCCCAUCCCGCCUGGUCCUGCAGAGCUACCACACGAGCCCAUUGUCACGACAGCUGCACCCAUCGCGCCACCGCCAGUUGCGGCCACAGCUGCGGAGCCCAACGAGGCAACAACCGCUUCUGCCGAGAAGCCGCCUGCCAGUGACGAUACAGGAACCACACCACCUCCUCAGCCGACUCCAACGCCCGUGGCCAGCGUCUCUGUGCUGCCUGCUCAAGCAUCAGCUAGCCAGACAAGUGAAAAGAAGGACAUUGUAGGCACAGCACCAGCCCAAGCUACCCAAGAAGGUACCGAAGGAGCUGAAUUGGCAACACCCCAGGCUGGAACGAAAGACGUCCAAGACUCACAGCCUGAGUUGAUGCCAGCACCGCUCCGCCUGUCUCGCCAAGGUAGCCCGGCGUCGCUUGCUUCUCCUCUAUCUAUGCCAGCUGUUCCCAACACGCCCAAAUCUACCCCAGCCGUGAUCAACCAGAUUGCACAGGCCCUCGCGCCUAACAACUCCGCUUCCUUUGGUCUUACGGCAGCAAACGAAGCCAUUCCAGCUCCGUUACAGCCAAGAUCACCACCUCCUCAAGCUUCUACAUCUGCUUUCAGCAUCCUCUCAACCUCCGAAACCUCAUCUUCGAUGCUGCCGCCUGCGCCGGCAACUGGAACGUCCGGAGCUGGGCCAGCUUUACCGCCUCCACUUGGUGUGGUCGUCGGAUCCGAAAGUGCCCCUUCAAGCAAAGAAAUCUCCGCACCGGCGCCCCCAACGGGUACAGAUACAGUGGCCCACGUUGUCUCACAGCCGCCGCCUCCCACACCCGUCGUGAUGUCUGCCAACUUUGCCAGCACCGCACCGAAACUGAUGUCGCCGGUCAACACACCACCUCCCGUUGCCGGCCCCACCCGUGUUCCGAGCGUAAAGGCGCCCCCGAGCGGGCUUGCGUCGAUCGCCGAAGCAUCGUCGGGCCUCAUACUGGCCGCCGAGGAGCAUCAAACGCCCCAACCACAGGCACAGCCGCCUGCCGCCGCGCCACCCCAGGUCCAGCUAUCGUCUCCGACUUCGACCUUUGCAGCUACACCUUCCGCUACGCCGCCGCCAAUCGUAACUGCUACCCAACCGCCCCUUCAGAACCGCAUCCAGCGCAAGCCAACUGUGCAACGCAAAGCUGUUGGUGGAGGCUCGGGGGACGCAUCGCCUCGGUCUGCGAGCGCUCAAUCGCCACAACUUACUGCCUCGGCCGUCCCCGGUACCUCCUCGGGCCCUGGUCCCGGCCCAGGUCCAACAAUUCUCCCUCACCGCAUGUCCGUCUCGUCCGUCUCAAACCAACAAUGGGGAGUUGCCGUCGACCAGCUCGGCCAGCAACCCAUCCAGCCCAUCCAGUCCAUUGCCUUGCAACAAUCUCCUGCGUCGGCCCCAGCGCAGCCUGCCUCCUUCACGGCUGAUCAGCAGCGCGUGCACACGCCCGCCCAAAGCAUUCACAGUGUCCAUAGCGUCCCGAGCCAGAGCAGCCCCCAACAAACGCACCAGUCGCCGGCCCUGUCCGUCAAUUCGAUGCACCGCAACUCGGUGGCUGGCUCGGUUACGACACCAUCUCCAUCCGCCCAGCAAACGCAGCCAGUGCCCCAGCGCAUGUCCAUGUAUGCUGCUCCAGGUCAAAUACCGUCACCAAUGGCUGGUGUGGCCCAGCCUGCCCUGGCUGGCUACAACCCUCAAGCAUUCCACCCGCCAGUCCAGCCUCUCCAAGCCGUGCAGCAGCCACAGUCGCUGCCACAGUCGCAGCCCGGGCAGUCAGGGGUUGCUUCCCAGGCUUUCCCUGGCGCACUCCAACAAUUCCAGCCAGUACCGGGUACGAACCCCGGCCAGCAGGCCCAUCCGGCGCACCGCAUGUCCCUUCCUGGCCAGCUGCCAAGCCAGCAGACACAGCAGCCUUUCUUUCCUGGCCCACCUCUGGCCAUGGGCGGCAUACCACCUCCGCUGCCAAACCGUUUCGCGACACCACAACAAACGGGACAGCAAGGCCAGAUACCACAUCCUGCCCAGGCACCGGUUCCGGCUGCGGCUCCAGGCGCCCAAGUGACACUAAGUACAGCGGGUAUACCGCUUGCAGCUGGCACCCAGAACCCGCAGCCUCCCCCUCUGCACCACAGCCAGACGGCACCGGCGGCUGUUCCUCAAGUGCACUCUCAGCUGCCUCAGCAAGUACAGCAGCCGCAGCAUACCCUGUCGCCCGGGUUUACGCACCCACAACAUGCCCAGACCAUGCCUCUGCCGGGACAACAAGUACCCGGCCAGCCUCAGCCUGCCCAACCUCAACAACCCGCUCAGCAGCUGUUUGUUAUGGGUCCCAAUGGUGUGCUUGUUCCGUACCAGCCGCAGGCACAGCAGCAGUUUGCUACGGCUCCUGGUCAGGCCCCGGGACAAGUACACACGGCGCCGGCGCCGGGCCCGGCGUACCGCCCAUUUGCUGCACCCCCAACCGCGCCUACUGGUACAGCGCCUCAGCGUGGCCAAAUGACAGUGGGCACGGCUCCAAACCGACCGGGUGCUGUUGCCUCACCGUCACCCACCACCAACAACGCUAACAGCGGUGGCAGCGGCAGCGGCCUUUUCUCCAAAUUGAUGAAGAACCCGGCCGUCAAGCGCACUGCGUUUGCCAUUGGCGGCGCGCUGGUUGGUGAGAGCAUCGGCAUGUCGGGCGCCGCCGGCGCCCGCAUCGGCACCACUGCCUACUCGACGCACCAGCAGUACAAGCGUCAGUCGUCCCAGCAGGACGCCAUGCAACAGGCCGUGCAAAAAGCGCAGGCCGACGCAGCCGAAGCCCAGCGCCAGGCGCAGAUCCAGAUCCAGCAGGCCAAGCAGCAAGCCGAAGCGCAAAUCUACGCGGCGCGGCAGAUGGCCGCCACAGGCGCCCCCCCGCCACUGCACACAACACACACGGCGCCCGGCCAGAUGCAGCACGGUGUCCCGCCGGGUGGUACGCCCUCUCAGGCCGCACCAGUGACACCGCAACAGCCAUACAUUCCCGGCCAGCCCGUGGCGUCUGUCCAACCCGCCCCCAGUCAAGCCGCGCCCGGUCAGGCAGCUCCCGGCCAACAGGUGCCAGGGCAGCCUUUACCAGGCCAGGCCGGUCGGCCGCCUAUGCCUACGAGUUUCUCAGCGCCUCCGGGACAAGUUCCGCACGCUGCGGCACCCGGUAUGCCUGCGCAGACGCCUCCUGGGUUUGCCCCCGGUGGUGCUCCGCCCGGUAUGCGCGCUGUGCCAGUUGCGGCACCUGGUGCGGCUCCCGGUGCUACUCCCGGCGCUGUUCCUGGCGCUGCUCCUGGUAUUGCAUCCGGCUUCCUGGAGUGGUCCCUGGAGCUGUCCCUGGGGCUGCUCCGGGGGCUACUCGUGUUGUUGUUCCUGGUGCCCCUCCUGGUACCGUUCCAGCGGCUACUUCUGUUGGACCUCAACCAUACAUUCCUGGUACUACAGCCCCAGCUGCCCAAUUUCAAUCUCAGGGCGACCGAGCGGCUGGCCGUGGUGGCCCCCCAGGUGCUGGCCGUGGUGCCUCAGGUGCUGGCCGUGGUGCCCCAGGUGCUGGCCGCGGUGCGCCCAGUGCUGGCCGUGGCUACGGUACAGCACCUGGCGCCGGUCGUGGCUAUGGUCCCGGUGUCUCGGCAGGUCGUGGCGGUGGCGCUGUGGUAUAACCAGCAAGCAAACAACCCGUACGAGGCGAUCCUGCAGCAGCAGCAGCAGCAGUCCAACCAAUUUAUGAAUAUAUUGCAGCAAUCGCAAGCCCAGACGAACAACAAUUUCAUGAACAUUCUGCAGCAGCAAACGCAGAACCAGCCGACGUUUUUGCUGCCAACAACCACGCCUGCCGUACCUGUGUUUGAUAUAAACUCGAACACACAGAUCAACAUUGACGUCAACAACACAAGCGGUGUCGGCGGCUGGGGCGACUCGGUCAACUACUCAGGGGACGACUGGGGCGCCGACACGGGUGACGCAGGCGCCGACACGGGCGCUGACUUUGGAGGUGAUUUCGGCGACACUGGCGGUGACUUCUGA